UAAAAAUGUUUAAGAAAAAAAAAAAAAUCCUCACAUAAAAAACAAGGUCAGGAGAGAAGCAUGCCUGAAUCCAAAUCUCAAAGCUGAAAUUUCCAAUCCCGCUUAAAAUUCAACCUUUCUCUCCGAACCCUAGAAAGUAGAAAUCAGCGACAAUGGAGGGAACCGAAAACGGAAACGGGAACACGAAUGCGAACUCGGCACCGCCGGAGAGCGAGGAAGAGCCCGUUAUUGGACCCGGCCCCGCUCCAAAGGCUCGAGCCAAGCGUCCUCUUCAGUUUGAGCAAGCUUACCUCGAUGCCCUUCCAUCUGCAAAUAUGUAUGAGAGAAGUUAUAUGCAUCGAGAUGUGGUUACCCAUGUUGCAGUGUCUGCAGCAGAUUUUUUCAUAACUGGAAGUCUUGAUGGGCAUUUGAAAUUUUGGAAGAAAAAAGCUGUUGGCAUUGAGUUUGCAAAACAUUUUAGAUCCCACCUUGGUCCUAUAGAAGGUUUAGCGGUUAGUGUGGAUGGUCUACUUUGUUGCACAAUUUCCAGUGAUCAAUCUGUGAAGUUAUAUGAUGUUGUCAAUUAUGACAUGAUGGUCAUGAUUCGGCUACCAUUCAUCCCUGGUACUGUUGAGUGGGUAUACAAACAAGGUGAUGUCAGAGCUAGGCUUGCCAUUAGUGAUCGAAACUCCUCAUAUGUAUACAUAUAUGAUGCAAGAGCAGGUUCAAAUGAACCUAUCAUCUCAAAAGAGAUACACUUGGGGCCAAUUAAAGUUAUGAAAUACAAUCCUGUAUUUGACACUGUGAUAUCUGCUGAUUCAAAGGGAAUCAUUGAAUAUUGGAGUCCUACAACACUUCAGUUUCCAGAUAACGAGGUGAGUUUUAGGCUGAAAAGUGAUACCAAUCUAUUUGAAAUUGUGAAAUGCAAGACAAUUGUUUCCACCAUGGAGGUGAGUCCAGAUGGUAAGCAAUUUUCUAUUACGUCACCUGAUCGUAGGAUACGUGUAUUUUGGUUCAGAACAGGUAAACUGAGACGGGUUUAUGAUGAAUCUCUUGAGGUAGCUCAAGAUCUUCAGAGAAGUGAUGCCCCCUUGUACAGGUUGGAAGCUAUUGAUUUUGGGCGAAGAAUGGCUGUUGAGAAAGAAAUUGAAAAAACAGAAACUGCGCCGCAGACAAAUGCUGUUUUUGAUGAAAGUUCUAAUUUUCUGAUAUAUGCAACUCUCCUUGGGAUAAAAGUAGUAAAUUUACAUACCAAUAAAGUUGCCCGUAUUCUUGGAAAGGUGGAGAAUAAUGACAGAUUUUUGCAAAUUGCCUUGUAUCAAGGUGAUCGAAGUAGUAAGAAAGUUAGAAAAAUUCCUGCAGCUGCAGCAAAUGCCAAUGAGAGUAAAGAGCCUUUAACAGAUCCCACUCUCUUGUGUUGUGCUUUCAAGAAACAUAGGAUUUAUUUGUUCAGCCGGAGAGAACCAGAGGAACCUGAGGAUUCAACUAAGGGAAGAGACGUGUUCAAUGAAAAACCUCCUGCAGAUGAACUUUUGGCUGUAUCAGAUAUAGGAAAAGCAGUCACCACAUCUCUUCCUGACAAUGUGAUUCUACAUACCACAAUGGGUGACAUUCACAUGAGACUGUACCCAGAAGAAUGUCCAAAAACAGUGGAGAAUUUUACGACACACUGUAGAAAUGGCUAUUAUGAUAAUCUUAUCUUUCAUCGUGUCAUCAAGGGUUUCAUGAUACAGACUGGAGAUCCUUUAGGGGAUGGCACUGGUGGGCAAUCUAUUUGGGGAAGGGAGUUUGAGGAUGAGUUUCAUAAAAGUUUACGACAUGACAGGCCUUUCACAGUGUCAAUGGCCAAUGCUGGCACAAACACCAAUGGCUCUCAGUUCUUUAUCACCACAGUUGCCACACCAUGGCUGGACAAUAAGCACACAGUUUUUGGUAGAGUCGCAAAGGGAAUGGAUGUUGUCCAGGCAAUUGAGAAGGUGAAGACAGACAAGGCAGACAAGCCAUACCAAGAUGUAAAAAUCCUUAAUGUGACUGUUCCCAAGUCUUAGUAGACAGAUUCCCAAGUCAUAGGGGGAAUCUGUCUUGAUAUUGUUGGUGGCAUUUCUCGGAAUUACUAGUCAAGUUUUUCAUGUUUACUGAAAAGAACGAGGAGGAAGAUUGCCAUUUUUAUUCUAUAGCCUGGGAUUGCCAUUUACCGAGGAGUUGUUGCCCUUCUUGGGCUUUUCUUACCCUUCCUGAGUUUAAUGAUUAUGUAUGAGUGGUUGUUGUACACAAGUGUUGGUCAGACCUUAAUGAUAUUGCUAAUGAGUGUCCAUUUAAUAAAGAUUUUACUUUAUUGUA